GGACGUGGCAGCCGGUUUGAUGCUAUACCUCAGCUUCCGGUGAGGCUGUUCUCGUACGGGAUGAUGGCUGCUGCCUGGCUGCUCUUCCUUGCCGCCUGUGUGGGCCCGGCCUCAUCGCUUUACUUCCAUAUCGGGGAGACUGAGAAGAAAUGUUUUAUAGAGGAGAUCCCGGACGAAACCAUGGUGAUAGGUAACUAUCGCACUCAGCUUUAUGACAAACAAAGGGAGGAGUACUUACCUGCAACACCUGGCCUUGGCAUGUUUGUUGAAGUGAAGGACCCAGAUGAUAAAGUUAUCCUAUCUCGGCAGUACGGAUCAGAGGGACGCUUCACCUUCACUUCCCACACCCCUGGAGAGCACCAGAUAUGCCUUCAUUCAAACUCCACUAAGUUUUCGCUGUUUGCUGGUGGGAUGUUGAGGGUUCACCUUGACAUCCAAGUUGGAGAGCAUGCCAAUGAUUAUGCCCAGAUCGCUGCCAAGGACAAACUGAGUGAACUACAGCUGCGUGUACGACAGUUGAUCGAACAAGUGGAACAGAUACAAAAGGAACAAAAUUACCAAAGGUGGCGGGAGGAGAGAUUCCGACAGACAAGUGAAAGUACCAACCAGCGUGUCUUGUGGUGGUCCAUUGCUCAGACCUUAAUACUUGUGACUAUUGGAGUCUGGCAGAUGAGGCAUCUGAAGAGUUUCUUUGAAGCCAAGAAAUUGGUGUAAACUUUAAAGAGAGGAGCAGUGUCUGCUUUACCAGAAGUGUUGGACCCAUCUCUAGCUAGGCGUCUUCCACCAUUAAAAUCAAUAGGAUGGAACUUUGUUACAAGGUGACUCCAGCCUUUGGGACCAGAACACUCUGCUUGGAUCACCAGUGUCCUAUUUUGUCCAUGCCAAUACCAGAGGGAUCUUUCCUAAAAUAUUGAAUGAGAUUGUUGCUGUUUACCAUUUGUUGUUAAUAUUCAAUUACUUCAAUUUUAACAUUUUUGUUUUCUGUUGUACCAGAACUCAUACCAGAAGCCACCAAAGUUUUUUUUAUUUUUGUGUCUUCCCCCCCUAUUAUUUAUCCCUUUAUUGCAGGAAUCAGGGAACCUAUACUUGCAUUGAUAAUACAUGUUUUUUUUUCUGUUUUGCAUAAUUCUUUGUAUGGUGAAGCGGUCUUUGGGUUAAUUUUAUGUGCUUUUAUCACAACUGAUGUUUAUAGAAUUUUCUUUCUAUAGAGAUGGAUACAAAAUAAUAUGGAUGUUGCUACCUGGCCUAGGUUUGCACUGCACUGGAGGAAACUGGCACAGCGGCUUACAGAUUUUUGUUCUGUGACUAACCGAUGUUGUGGAACAGAAUUUAGCCUCACUGCUGUUAUACUAUCACAAUGAGAUUUUUUUAAUACUAUGUUUGGAGAUUGAAUUGCACUUGCCAAAUAUUUGUACCACCUGCAGUAAGAAUCUGGAAAGACUGUCUUUAAAUUGGCUCCCUUCUGUGUCCAGGGAAUCAAGCCACUAGGGUCCCAGGUUAUACGGAUCCUGUAGUUACUGAUUGUGAAUGUCUGGGUUUUUUCAUGUUUUGCUUUAAAUAAAACAAAAUUUCCCUCC